AGACCUUACGUCACGUGACCCGCCUCUUACUCCCGAACCCAUCAUUUGAGGACUAACGACAGUUAUUUGUCUCACCAGGAAAAAAAAACCCCGCAAGAUUUGUUUCAUUUCAUCCAGUGUGUCUCGACGCAGAUGAAUCCGUAGGAUGCCUUUGAGACGAACGGAGGGAUUCUAGCGACAUUCUCGGACUAAACGGGCGUUUGGUUUUCAAGGCAGCUGAUACUGAGGUCUGUGUCUGUUUGCAAGAGGAGGAAAAUACUGAACGGUCAUCAUGGCAGAAAACAACUUCCCUCCCCUGCCUCGAUUCAUCCCCCUCAAGCCGUGUUUUUACCAAGACUUCAACGAGAUCCCGGAGACACAUCGCACCAUGUGCAAGAGGCUCUACUACCUAUGGAUCUUGAACAGCGCCACACUGGCUUUUAAUCUGAUUGGCUGUCUGGCGUGGAUGUGCGGAGGUGGUGGAGCGACCAACUUUGGCAUGGCCAUCCUGUGGCUCAUCCUCUUCACCCCCUGCUCCUACGUGUGCUGGUUCAGGCCCAUCUACAAGGCCUUCAAGACCGACAGCUCCUUCAACUUCAUGGCUUUCUUCUUCGUCUUCAUGGCCCAGGUGGUGAUCAGUAUUAUCCAGACUGUUGGCAUUCCAGGUUGGGGAGUGUGUGGCUGGCUGGCUACCAUCACCUUCUUCAGCACCAACAUUGGCUCAGCUGUGGUCAUGCUGAUUCCCACCAUCAUGUUUACUGCAGUGGCUGUGCUCUCUUUCAUCGCCCUCACAAAGGUUCAUAACUUUUACCGUGGUAGUGGUGGCAGUCUGGGUAAGGCCCAAGAGGAGUGGGCCAGUGGGGCCUGGAAGAACCCCCACGUCCAGCAGGCAGCUCAGCAGGCGGCCAUGGGAGCCGCGCAGGGAGCCGUGCAGCAGAACCAGUACUCAGCAGCUCCCACCUACAACUACGACGACCCAAUGUAGGACAGAGGUUGGGGCCAGGCUGCCAAGUGGGAGAGAUGGAAAAAAAAAAAAAGAGGAUCAAUUAAGAACACGAAUCAGAAUAAGGUGCCCUUCAUUAUAAUACUGUACAAGCUGUAUUCAAAAAGAACAAUGUAGAGAAAAAGUCAUGUCUUUGGUGGAAUUGUAUUUAUUGAAUUCUGAGUUAACAAUUUUAUUCAGUUGACAUUUUAAUCAGCCAGUUAUUUUAAAGGGUCUUAAUUUUUAAAUCUCUUAUGCUGCUCAAUUUUAGCUCGUCAAUGCGUGUGUUGCUUUUUAACGGAGACACAUAAUAUAGCUAAAGCCAAUGCCCUGAGCUCCAUCAGUUUAUUCAGGAAGGUUCAUCUACGGUCAACACAGGGUGACGUCGCUGCCUCCGCCUGUGUCUCCUUUUCAAAACAUGUUUUACUCACCUUGAAUGCGCUUUGAGGAACUGCAAGAACUAGACUGCUCACGUGUUUACGUCACCAAACGCUAAAACAAUUUGCCCCUAAAUGAAUGUAUGUCAAGAACAUUUUUGAGAAUUAUUAUCGAUUAAAUUAAUGCCUUGACACGUUGGGAAAUGUGCUUUUUCACCGUCUUGUUGAGAGUUAGGUGAGAAAAUCUAAAUCACUCCGUGUUUAUGACGAAUAUAACGCUAUGGCACUAAUCUUUCAGUCUAACUCUCAGCUAGAAAGUGAACCAAGCCAAUUCCUUUAAGUGUAUGAUGCGAUUACACCUUAAGGCAUUUAAUAUAGGAGAACAUAUUCCUUUUGAUAAGGUCGUCAAUAUCUAGUCUGUAGGUGAACCAUGUGCUUUCUUUGCUGAAAACUUGACCAAUGUAAUCAGAAUUUGAAAAAGAUUUUUUCCCUCUACUCCCGAAUCUUUUAAAUCCUGGAGAAACUGUUUGCAGUUCACGUUUUGAUUACCUGAUUGUUUAGUUGUUGUUUUUCUGUACUGACAAUUAUUUCGUUUAAUCUCAACAUUUUUUCACAUUCUCAGGAAAUUUGUGAUAGCUGGUUUUAAAUUCCACCUGUAAAGCCCUUAAAGCGUCGGCCUUUGUCUCCUUCUAUCACCUCAAUUAAACCACCUGGGGGGUGUGGUUGUGUCGUUGUCCUCCAGGUUAUGUGUUGAGCAGGUUGAUUUCAGUUAAAUGAGUUAUUAUUACAUGUUCAAGUGAAGCACAUGCAGUAUUUUGGAUUGCAGUUCUUUGGAUAAAACAUUCCAACAAACAUUGUACAGGUUAAAAGUGACAGAAAACCAAAAUGCUUGGCAGGUUGAACAUACAGUAAAUAUUAAAAAAUCAUUGUUGUAGGUGGUCAUAGCAUUGUACGAAGUGAUGGAUGUUUCCUCCCGUUGGCAAAUUCUUCCUCUAACCCCUACAUGUAAAUGCUUAAAUGGCUCCUCCUUUCUGAAGCUCUGGAUUUCAGGCCUUUUUGUGUGUCAUUUCGUGGCUAUUGGUGUUAUUUCAUGAGUAGGUGUGAUAUGACAUUUAUAUAAAAGAAAAUAGAAUAUAAAAUUCAAACCAAUUAUUUAUUUUACAAAGUGAAAUUGAAGCCCUUGUGAGGCCUGAUGUGGUCAGAGACAGUGUCAUGUGGAUUUCACUGAAAAGGUGAAAAGUUUUUUUUGCCUCGUGUCACUUCGACUCUUCAAGAUUCAGUAGAUGGUUAUUACAGUAAUACAGUAUUAGACUUGAAACAAAUGUGAAGAUACGUAUCUGAAUGCUCGUUAUUUCAAAACCCGUGAGUUGUCUUGUCUGACUGUUAUGACGUGGUAUUCGAUAGGCUGUUUGAUGUUUUCUUUUUUCAGUUGUUGUUGUUUUUUUGUACCAACCCCGUUUUAUUCUGUGUAUUUUGAAUGAUGUGUGGGCGAGUGUGAAGCACAUGUCCGUUGUGUCUUUCCAUGACUGUGGGUAACAGAUUUCUUUUUCUUUUUUGUUAUAUUAAUGUUUUGAAAAUCUUAAGUAAUGUUUGCACUGGGUAAACCUGUUGACAUCAGUGCAAACGUAACAGUGAAUCACAGUGUAGCAAUACCAUCAUUAAUGUCUUCAACAGCAGAAUUAUUAGGAUCGAGCGGAGUCCUGUUGUGUAGACACAAAUAUUAAUAACCAUAACACAAAAACGGGGCCUGUUUUUCAAGUUGGACACCACCAAUAUGAUUUUAUAAUUGCGUAACUUUUUCACCAGCAGAUGCACAUACAGUAGUUAUGGAGUAUAAUAAAACGUACCAUUCACACGCUCAUCUGUUGGUAAAUGCACAAAUUUAAGCUCUAUAAAUUGUGUUAAGUUAUGCACAAAGAUGAAGAAAGGAGCAGUAGUAAGUUAUUUUAGUGAGUUUCAGAUCAGUCUAAACUUUCUGCUAUAUGUACAUAUAGCACAGUUGACAUGUUUAUGGAAGUGACAGUUGUAGUUGUUGUGUAGGAGGAACUUCAUUUCAUGUCGCUCUAUCAAAGCUUCUCAAAGCCAUUUCCCAUUAUCUUACCCAUGUUCCCACAUGUACUGUAUGUUGUUUGAUAUGUAUUAUCAUGUACUAUAUCAUAAGUAGAUAUAAAUAUAUAAUUACUUGAGAUGAGGUAAAUAUUUGCCAUGGAUAAACACAUUGAAUAGGAACAUGCUCUAAUUAGGUGAAUUAAACGUUUGAGGAGGCUGUGUCUCCAUGAGUGAACUCAAUGAGAAAUACAUUUUUGUGUAUUACUUUUGUAUUAUUUGAUCUUACCCUAAUAGAUAUUAAACAGUUAUCAUUG